AUGCCUGUCAGUCAGUAUGCUGACAGCUUCGACGAUGACGGCUUCGACGACGACUAUGACGACGACUACGACCAUGACGACGCGACGGCCCUGAGUCCAGAGGACGAAGCUGCCAUGGCCGAAGGUACUGCAAAGGUCCGCAAGGCACUCGGGAAGGCCUCAUCUAAGGUGACUCUGAAGCAAAUUCAAGACGCCUUGUGGAACUACUACUACGAGGUCGACAAGUCGGUUGCCUUCCUGAACAAGACGUUCAUCGAACCAGCCCAGCCCAAGCCUGCCCCGAAAGUAUCUGUUCCCAAGAAGACGCCUGAAGGUAUGUCUCGAAACAUUUCAUUUUCUGCUGUAAAUCGCCCUUUCCCGGGGCUAUACGGAGCAGAGCCUCAGUCUUCAGCAACCGAGGACGACAGGCUACCGUCUUUCCCGGUUCUCGUCAGGCCACACAUCUCGAUCCAGUCGUACUUUGACGACAUGCCUUGGCUGGACACGCCUCAAGAUCGCCAGUCUAUAUUUGUGGCACCCUGGAGGCCCCGUGGAGGACUGUUGGGAGGUGGCGAAGGCGCUGGUGGUAUGACCAAGCUCCAGAAGCUGGCCGCUGCCAGGAAGAAGAAGAAUGAAGAGAAGAAGGGCCAGGACAAGGCCGGGAUAGCUGAGAAUGGCAUCGAACAGCUCUCCAUAUCCGACUCACCGGCGAAUAGUCGUGGAGAGCGCGUGCAUCCGCUGGCCAAGCGACAGAGAACCUCAAAGCAAUCCGAGGUUUCGUCACAGCAGCCGCUGGCAUCUCAGCAGCCCAUCAGCCAAGUCCACCAGGAAGUCGGCGCGUCUUCAUCUACCCCACCAAGCGGAAAUCCUGAUGAACAGGGGCGGCAAGAAGAUGAACUAGGUGUGGCAAAGGCAGCACCGUCUGCCUUUGCGCAGACCCUGUUCGGCUCUGCUCCUGUGGCGCCCAACCCUAAGAGACGCGAUGUUUUCCCCAUGCCAUAUAUUUCAUCACCGUCCUUUUCUGCCGAGACAUUUUCUGAGCCUAGCCCCGACGACAUCGUCUUUGCCGCUCAGUCCAAAGCGGGCAAGAAAACUCCGGCGAGCGCUAAGGCGACAAAGAAGGAUGGAAAGGGUGAAACCGGAUCAGAAGCCGACAAGACCGCAUCCGGGCUGUCCAAUCUAAAGAUCAACGACGCUCCCCCGCCUAAGAGCAAGGGGCUAGACGUGGUGAAAGAAUUUGAAGCCAGCGACAGCAAGAGGAGCGCCAGCUUUGUGGUCGUCGGCCAUGUUGACGCUGGGAAGAGCACACUCAUGGGUCGACUGCUGAUGGAGCUCAAGUACGUUGAGCAACGGACCAUCGACAGGUAUCGGAGAGAAGGGGAGAAGACUGGCAAACAGUCAUUUGCUCUAGCAUGGGUCAUGGACCAGAGGAGCGAAGAGCGAGAUCGCGGUGUUACCAUCGACAUUGCCACAAGUUACUUCGAGACGGACCAGACAAAGUUCACCAUCCUAGAUGCGCCAGGACACCAAGACUUUGUCCCCAACAUGAUUGCAGGGGCGAGCCAGGCAGAUUUUGCCAUCCUGGUCAUCGACGCGAAUACGGGCGCCUACGAAAAGGGACUCAAGGGCCAGACUCGAGAACAUGUCUUGCUCCUGCGUAGUCUAGGUGUGCAGCGUCUGGUUAUUGCAGUCAACAAGCUUGACAUGGUCGGCUGGUCAAAGGAGCGUUUCGACGAGAUCAGCCAAGAGGUGUCCGGGUUCUUGACUGGCCUAGGCUUUCAGGAGAAGCAGGUCAAAUUCAUCCCCAUCUCGGGACUGGAAGGCCACAACAUCGUGCGGCCCAUCGAGGACCCGGCAGCAUCGUGGUACAAAGGAGGCACCCUUGUCGAUGCUCUGGAGGCAUCCGGCUCAUCAGCUACCCGAGCCCUGCGAAAGCCGCUGAGGAUGUCCAUUUCCGAGGUCUUCCGAUCACAGCAGGGCACGACAAUGAUCAGCGGGCGCAUAGAUUCGGGUUCGAUGCAGCUUGGCGACGUCCUCAUUGUCCAGCCCAGUGGAGAAAACGCCUACAUCAAAUCCAUCAUGGUGGACAACGAGGGGCACGACUGGGCCGUGGCCGGACAGAAUGUCAGCAUUGCCCUCACCAACAUUGACCCGAUCCACAUCAAGGUCGGAGACAUUCUUUGCCACCCAACGAAUGCCAUUGCGUGCGGCGACUCGUUCACGAUGAAGGCCAUGGCAUUUGAGCAUAUACUGCCGUCACCCAUCGAUCUGCACAGAGGCCGGCUGCACGCACCCGGCCAAAUCCUGAGCCUCCUGGCGACCCUAGAUAAGGCCACAGGUGAGGUUACCAAGAAGAAACCGAGGGUAGUACAGCCCGGUGGCGUGGCACGGAUCCGCAUCAAGCUGGAGACCAAGGUGCCGUUGGAGGCUGGACAACGAGUGGUUAUCAGGAGCAACGGGGAGACUGUUGCGGCGGGAUUGCUCGAGUGA